AAUGUAAGAUUUAUUUUGAGUUGACUUUGACGUGAUAACAAUAAAUAUGGGUAAGCUAUAGGCUAUCAUUCAAUACAAACGUUUUGUUAAUUACCCCUAAAAGGCCUCAAUUUCAGGUGAGUCAAAUUCAUGCGAACUCUUUAUUAGUCAUGUGGCUGUUCCAAAUACCUCCUCUUUACUAAACGUGGAAUAUUUAAAUACCAUGGCAUGACUUUAACAUCUAACUGAUAUAUGACAAAAGACGAAAAUAAAUAAUAAUUUUAUAACAACUCGUUCAAUCUUAAUCUCAAAUCCAUUUAAGUUUCAACAACCUAAGAGUAUUCAUUACCGACGGGAGGAUAUUGUAACAGCCUCACUUCCUCCUCCACCAUAAACAAACUUUUGGACGUUAGAAAAAGAAAGAAGAACCGCGUAAAAAUGGCAAACCGGGCAGUGUCAGCGAUGAGUUUACGGACACAGAUCCAAGAAGAUUAUCUAACCUGCGCCAUAUGCUUUAGUCCGUUUGACAGACCAAAAGCUUUGCCAUGUAUCCAUACGUUUUGUUUAGAUUGUCUUCGUGAUUUUGUCACGAGUCGGGGUUAUGAGAAUUCUGGUAAGUUUCCCUGUCCAGUAUGCCGAGAAGAGGCCACAUUGCCCUCAGAAGGUGUGAGCGGUUUUCCCGACAACUAUUACAUUACCAGUCUCAAAGACACGGUAGCAAAACCUGCGAGACCUGCCCCACCUCGUCCUGUUGGUGAUCCCAUGGGGUUUGCGUCACAACCGCCGAACAUCACCGCCCCUGUCCCCGUGCCUCCUAGUCCAACAGUAGUUGAGGGAGGUUGGGAAAAGAUUCCUUCUGAAAAACCCGGACUUUUGUAUCCAAGUGUGUCACAGAUGUCAACAGUCCAUGAAAUACCGUCCCCUCCAUGCGACCAAUCUGGACUACCAUGCACUGCAGGCAUGAUGCUCAAAUUUGGGAAAUGGGCUCCAACAAUAAAUGAUUUUCAGAAACCCUACGGGUUAACUGUCGGCGAAAACGGAGAAUUCGUCAUCACAGAUCGAGGCACAGAGUAUUCUAACAGAGUAUUAGUCUUUUCGAAAUCCGGUGAACUUCUGUCAAGGUUUGUAUGUACAGGAAAACAAACAAUUAAAGUUGCCAGUGUUGCCAUGACACCUGACAAUAACAUUAUGGUUGCCGUCGAUAACUCACCAGGAAAUGCAAUUAUGCAGGAGUACAAUUUCGAUGGAAAACUGUUGAAAUCUUAUGGAGAUUUCUAUCGUCAUGAUAAGCCGAGUGGAAUUGCUAUUUCUUCGAAAAAUCACGUCGCAAUAUCAAACCUUGAGGGAAAUAAUGUGCUUCUGUUCACAGAACAGCGGAAAUUUUCAACAAAAUUUGGCUGGAAGGGCUCCGGAGACAAUCAUUUCAUGUUUCCGCAAUUUGUUGCUUGUAACCAUAAAGACUACAUUAUUGUGAGUGACUCUGGAAAUGACUGUAUCAAAGUGUUUGAUGCAGUUGGAAACUUUAAACGAAAGUUUGGAGAGUCGGGUACUGCUUCAGGAUGUCUGUCGUUUCCAAUGGGCAUUGCAAUCGACAGCAAUAACAAUAUUGUUGUAGCAGACGCAGGGAAUUUCCGUGUGGAAAUAUUCACGUCAAAGGGACAACACAUACGUACUGUGGUGAAGGACACCGACCUGAUAAGCUCAGAUGUAAAACCUCUAAACGUGGCAAUAACGAGAGGAAACAAUAUUGCAGUUUUGUUCAGCGGACCGCAGUUUGCUGAAGUGAGAGUAUACAGGUGGGGUGGGGGCAGUUCAAUCUAGAAUGUUUAUCCGGGUUGUUCAUGAUCUGCUUGUGCAAAUACAUGUGAUAUGCGACUGAACAUUGCUAUAGACCAUACCAGAUGAUUAACCCUUUCACCACUGUGGACCAUAAUUGACUCAUCCACAUAAAUGCAUGGUAGAGUUUACUUAAGGUAUCUAGGGGUGUAAGGGUUAAAACUAAAUUAUACACAAUGAGAUAGUAGUGCAUAUCACACCUAUCUUGUGGACAAUAUCAAAAUAAUUUCUAACACAAAAAUAAAUCUUGUGCAUGGUUUAAAUGGUUUCAACUUUAAAUCUAAUUCAAUAUCAAACCUAAGUUAUAUUUCAUGUAUAUAUACUUUAAAGGUAUAUAUACCUUAAAAGUAUAUACAUGAAAUGUAAUUUUAGGUCCAGUUCCAACACACAUAUAUACAUGUACUAUAUGUAUGUAUGGUGGAACUGGACUGGGUUGAUUGUCGGCAGCCAGGUAUAUACGUAUAACACAAUUGUUAAAGUGACCUGUGUCCGUCUAGAGUUCGGAGGGGCCCGGUUUUGAACCCCGAUCUUUCCAUGGAUGCAUUUAAUAUUUUCCAUCUCCUGUUACAUUUGUAAUUAAUUAUAUAAAAUCAUAUUACUGCGGUGUGUAAUUAGCAUAUAUGUUACAAAAGGAAGGGACAGAGUUAAGUACCUUUGUGAGUCCUACCUCAUUUUUUUUCUUCAUUUAUACAAAUUCAAGUUAGAUAAUCCCUGUCAUCUUUCCUUCAGUAGCUAUGAGCAACCUUGUUAAUUAAUUUAUAAAAUGUCAGUUUUUAUUUGUUAAGAUAAAAAUGUCCCAGAAUCUACAGUGAUUAAGCUACAAUUCAUUUUUACCAGUCCUUUUCAACUGUAUUGUUAAAAACAAUGAGUCCCACAAUGUUAAAUUUAAGUAUUUCCAGAACUUCUGCGAGUCCCAUAACAAAUCUAUGAGUAUAGGACUUAGGACUCGCAUGUAGAUUUAUCACUGAAUCUAUAUAUAUAUAUGUUCAAUAAAUCACUUUUUGCUAGAGGAAGCAGCCUUUUUUUCAAUAUUAAAAAUCAAUGGUAGACCCGGGCCCAUAGACAAUCACUAUGGAAACACUAGGUCUAUAUAGCUAUUGGAAACAUUUACUGUACGUCACAGACCAAGUUGUCUAUGAAGAUUUUCCCUACGAUGUGUAUGAUUCAAUUUGUAUAUAGUGAGGGAAAAAGUGUUCAGUAUUUUUUUUCUUUGUUUAUAUAUAUACAAAAAAUAUACACAUUUUCUUAAUUUCAUGUGUACACAUUUUCUUAAUUUUUUGUUAUCAAGCACAAAUUUUAAUUUAAGUAUAAUUUUCUUGAUCAAUGUCUGUCUGGUCAAGAAAAUUUCAGUAGGUUUAAAAGAAAUCAAUAUUGUAUAGACCUAUUACUAAAAUGUGUAAAUUAACUCAGUCACCCCAUAUAUUUCAUAAUUAACUAUUCCAACCUUUCAAUUGGAAGAGUUCAAAUGUGUCUUCAGGGGUGUUGAGUUAAAGCUUUGGUUGUAAAACUAAGCAAAACAUAUCACUGUGUUUAAUGCUCAAGUUUACUAUACUGUGUAUGUAUCAAUAACAUCAUAAAUGGAAACAAAUUAUACCCAUGUGCUCCAAUUCAUUCCAAAGGUCAACACUCAUUUUAGUAAUUUCUAGUCAAUUAUGCAGAUGAUGAAUGAAAUGGAAUUGCAGAUUAGAUAGGUACAAAAUUCUGACCCAUAAAAUAUCUACUUAUUAAGAAAAUGAUAUGACAUGUUUUCAGUAAAAUUGCAUAUCUGGGUACUUAUUUGAAAAAUCACUGUAACUACUGUUACUAGACACUUGUACCGUCAAGAAACUAAGAAGUUAAACUAACUAGUAAGUCUCCAUUUAGCUCCAUCUAGUAGUUUCUAGAAUGCUGCAAUAUAUAUGAAUGCUAAUUGAAUAACUUCUGUAUUUAGCACCCGACAAAAACAGUUAAAAAACCUGUUAUGUGAUAGAGAAUGAUUGUAAGCUCUGGUGGAACAUGUAUAUAUAUUGAUGUGAAUUGAAGUUGUGAUGUCGAUCAUAGUUGAUAAUUUGGUCCAACUUAUAGUGCUUAUUUUUCAUACUUGAUGAAAUCAAUAUGAUAGAUAUUGUAAAUACAGUAUUAUGUAUCUAGUUUGUUCAUGAACUUUUGCUGAAAUUUAGAAAAAAAUGUAAAUUUUGCAAUAAUUAUUGAACACAUGUACAAAAAAAAAUGAUUGUUUUUAGUCCAGUUGCUGCAGUGUAAGAAAUAGUUGUCCUUUCAAUAUCAGUGUUCGACUAUACUAGCGAUAGUUUUUCUUGUCCCAGAUACUGAUUAGUAUAUUUUCUUAAGAUUUCAGGAAGGACUAGUGAAGCAUCUUGCACUGUACCUAAUUAUAACAAGUCCUUGGACUUGAAAUAAAAUAUAGAUAGAUUUUGAAAUAAGAAUAAUCCUUUUGGAAGACUACUGAUCAGAUACAUAUAUAACGCACAUGAAAGUUGUCAAAAACUUCACCAUAGCUUAAUUACAGUAUCAUUUGAUAAUUAUGUCUCCUUUAAAUUUCAUGUUGGAUAUUUUCCUAAGGAAAUUCUUGGAAGAGUUACAUACAUUGACGUAGGAUUAGUGUAUAAUCUAUUUGACUAGUCUUGUGGACUAUGAAGUAAAAAAAGUGUCUAUUCCUGAAUAUUAUGUUACAACAUGUACAAGUCUUAUUCACAACCAUGUGCAUAGGUAUACAUGUAGUACAAUAAUUUAAUCUUGCUCGUAACAAGCAUUUUCAUUGGCUUAAAAAUGUAUGUUAUCAGCCCAUAACUUAAAAAAUGAUGUCGCCGUUUGUAACGUCGCUUUCGAUUCGCUGAUACAGAAGCGCAAUAAUUUCUAAAAGAAAAGAGUCCAUCAAUAAAAGUGGAUUUCCACAGGGAUUGUGUAUUGUAGAUU